AUGGCUGUCCCGGGCCACACAUCAAGAGUCUGCAUUUCAAGCUGCCAAGGAGUCUGUGAUUCCAGAAGGGAGUACUCCUCAUUUCAGCUCUGGGCUGAUUCUCUGGGGCCUCUGGAUUCACUGGUGUUACAGGUAUCACUUCUUCUAAGGAAGUUAUUCAAGGGAAACAAUAACAAUAGCAAUAACACGAGCAGAAGGUACUAUCAUGGGAGAGUUGACAUCUACCACAACAAAGGCAGAAAUGUUUGGCACAGGAAGCCCAGGGACAUCUUCCUAAGGCUGUUGGUCAAAUUAUACAGGUUUCUGAGAAAGCAAACCAACACCACCUUCAACCAAGUGGUACUGAAGAGGUUGUUCAUGAGUCCCCCCUGGCAGUCUCUGUCCCUUUCCCAGAUGAUCUGGAAGAUGAAGCUUCCUAGCCAGGAGGGCAAAACUCCUAUGGUUGUAGGGACUACAAUCAAUGACAUGCAUGUCCAGGAGGUGACCAAACAGAACAUGUGUACACUUUAUGUAAGCAGCUGUGCCUGGAGCUGCAUCUUCAUGGUUGGGGGCCAGAUCCUCGCUUUCGACCAUCUGGCUCUGAACUUGCCCAAGAGCUCUGGCACCGUCUUGCUUUCUGGUCCUCGCAAGGGAGGAGAGGUUUACAAGCAUUUUGGCAAGGCCCCAGGAAUCCCUCACAGCCACACCAAACCCUACAUUCGAUCGAAGGGCUGGAAGUUCGAGUGUACAAGAGGCCUAUGGGCCAGCCACAGCUACAAAACAAACGCUGGAUGCGACUUGGUUAUUAAAAAGAUUUUGGAUGCUGAAAAAAUGAAAUAACUAAGUGUUGAAUUAACAUGGUAAUUAUGAAGAAGAAUAGGUUUGAAUCUAGUCUUUGACAUUUUCUAGUUGUGGGACAUUGGACAAGUCCUGUAAGUUCUCUGACCCUCAGUUUCUUCCAUCUGUAAAAGGAAUAUUUUUUUUCUGUUUUUCCAGUGUUAUUUCUUUGAACACCUCCAAGCAAUUCUCUACUUCUCAGUGGACACUGACCAGAUAGGCUACAAUUUAAUUCAGUUCUAAUACUCUCUACCCGAAGAUAGUGUCAGAUCCCACAGGUUAAGGGCUCAGUCCUAUAAGACUGAGAAAAAAGUGAAGGUAUGUCUAUGACACCCCCUUAUCCUUUCAGAUGACAGUAGCAAAUCCAGGUCAGCUGUGCCUCUCUGACUGAAUGGCUGUAGGUUGACCUCUAUAAGGCCACUUACAACAUGCUAGCUGACUUCCUCAAAGUGAACCAGUGAGAGAGUGCCAGUAAGAGAGAAGUCACAAAUUUUUAUAACCUAAUUUGGGAAGGGUUAUCCCUGCAAUUUUCUUUUGUUCAAUUCAUUAAAAGAAAAUCCACAGUGAACCAGGAUACAGGCUCUCGACAGACACUGAAUCUGCUGGCGCCUUGAUCUUGGACUUCCCAGUCUCCAAAAGAA